GGGGAGGAAGGAAAAUAAUGCCGCGCGGUCGACCUCCUAAAACACCGGUAAAGAACUCGGAGGCGGAUAACUUGCUGGAGCUGAAUGCAGACAAUACAAAUGGGUUUCUUGAGCCCCAGGAAUCUCAGUACCAUGGUGCUCAUAAAUGUGAUGUCUGUUUCCAAACUUUUCCCAAGUACAAUCAGUUACAGCGCCACCUCCGGGAGCAUGAGGAAAAUGACAAGCCUUACCGGUGUGAUCAAUGCCCGACAUCCUUUAAUAUGGAGAUUAACCUCAUAUUGCACAAAGCCACUCACAAUGCAAUUGACCCAACUUGCCCUGUCUGUAGUAAAAGGUUCUCCCGUGUGGCCAGCCUUAAAGCUCACAUCAUGCUACAUGAAAAAGAAGAGAACUUGAUCUGUACAGAGUGUGGAGAUGAAUUUACCUUGCAGAGCCAACUUAGUAGACACCUAGAGGAACACCGGCAGGAGCUGAAUGGGAGCCGAGUGCACAACUGUAAGAUCUGCACUAAGGAAUUUGAAAGGCCCUCCCAGCUGCGAGAACAUAUGAAAUCACACUACAGAGUUAGGUCAUCCCUGUGUACCAAACAGUACAAACGACAUGUUGAUAGAUCAGGGUUCUCUCAUCGCUGUGAACACUGCGGAAAAACAUUUCAGAAGCCUAGUCAGUUAAUUCGACACAUCAGAAUACAUACAGGCGAACGACCAUUUAAAUGCGGUGAUUGUGGAAAAGCUUUCAACCAGAAAGGGGCGCUGCAAAUCCACAUGAUCAAGCAUACAGGCGAAAAACCCCAUUUUUGUCUUUUCUGCCCAGCAUCUUUUUCACAGAGGGGCAAUCUGCGAGCACACAUACAGAGGGUUCACACUGAGGUGAAGGAUGGUGACCAGCCAGCAUACCAGUGUGAGGAGUGUAGCUGUGUAUUCAGAAAGCUAGGCAGCCUUAAUGCACACAUCAGCAGGAUGCACUCAGAUGGAGCAGAAUCCUCGCGAGUGAUCACUGACACUGCACACAGUGUACUGACAGCUGGGUCAUCACCUGUAACCUCUGCAGGAGGUCAUCAAGGAGCACAAGCCGUAACUGAUGUUAUACAGCAGCUCCUGGAGCUAUCGGAGCAGGUGACUGGAGAGGGGACGCAGACUCAGCAGCCAGUACAGCAAAUCACUAUAGAGGGCAGUAUCAAUCAGGACAUCUUACAACAAGCCUUAGAAAACAGUGGGCUAACAAGCAUUCCCAUUCAAGCACAUCAACCUGAUCCUGGUCAACCGAGGGUUUCGUUAUCUCAAAGUCAGUCCCAGGAUACACAAACCACGCCUCUUCAACAGACUCAGUCUUCAGCCCCGCAAUCCCACCAACAGCGGAUGGAAAAACUAUCCGGCAAGGAGAACGUGGAUGUGGUGAAAAAAAUGAUGAUGUAUCCUGGGUCUGUCCGUCGAGUGAAUGGAAUUAGAUGGCACAUGUGUACAUAUUGCACAAAAGAAUUUAAAAAGCCUAGUGAUCUAGUGCGACAUAUUCGAAUUCACACUCAUGAGAAACCUUACAAGUGCACUCAGUGUUUCCGGGCAUUUGCUGUGAAAAGUACCCUCACUGCCCACAUGAAGACUCAUACUGGUAUCAAGGAGUUCAGAUGUCCCAUGUGUGCAAAGAUGUUUUCUACUCAAGGAAGUUUAAAGGUUCAUCUUCGGCUACAUACAGGAGCCAGACCUUUUGACUGUCCGCACUGUGACAAAAAGUUCCGCACCUCAGGGCACCGCAAAAGUCACAUCGCUUCCCACUUCAAAAACUUGCAGCUUAAGAAACGAUUUCCACGCAAACCAGCCAAGACGCGGAUUUUAAAAAGCAGCAUCACAUUAACUGACAUACCUCUCCAGGAGCCUAUCCUCAUCACUGAUUCAGGUCUCAUCCAGCAGACACCACGGAAUAGCCAGUUAUACAGUCAUUACCUGGCCAAUGGCAUCAUGGCUGACGGACUAAGCGGGGAUAGGCCGUACAAAUGUGCAUAUUGCAACAAGGGUUUUAAAAAAUCUAGUCAUCUUAAACAACACAUCAGAUCUCAUACUGGUGAAAAACCUUUCAAAUGCUCACAGUGUGGCAGAGCCUUUGUUUCAUCGGGGGUCCUUAAAUCACAUAUCCGGACGCAUUCUGGCCUCAAAGCCUACAAAUGUUUGAUUUGUGAUGGCACUUUUACUACUAAUGGCAGUCUGAAGAGACAUAUGUCAACCCACAGUGAGGUGCGUCCAUUCAUGUGCCCCUAUUGUCAGAAGACUUUCAAGACUUCCAUGAAUUGUAAAAAGCAUAUGAAGACACACAGGUAUGAACUUGCUCAGCAGAUACAACAGCAGCAGCAGCAACAGCAGACAUCUCUGGACGAUGAUGGCUUGGUCGAAUCUAUGGAACAGCAGCCUGACUCAACUAAUGGCCAGGCGCAAGCCCAGCUUCAGGCUGAGGAGCUGCAGCCAUCUUCGACAGUCGGCGCUGACCAACAGACCUUGUUAGGCCUAAGCCAAGAACAAGUUGUGGGAUCUCAGCAAAGUGGGCUUGGCCAACAGCUUGCAGACCAGCAGCUUGUCCAGGAUGAAGAUUCCUUUGUGACAACACAGCAGAAUAUCAGCCAAUUUGAUCAACAAGCUAUGACGCAGCAAACCUUUGAUCAACAGAGCCUCACCCAAGGUUUUACCAUAACCGAUAGCUUUGGCCAGCAGAGUCAGUUCACAGCAGUGCAACAGUUACAGGAUUCCAGUAGCCUGGAGUCACAAGCUCUAACUCCCAGUUAUCAUCAACAGAGCCUGCUUCAGGUUCCUCCCACAGACAGCAUCAAUGUGACGACCCGACUUAUGCAUGAACCAUCAUCAGGAAACUUACAUCUUCAAAGCCAUCGCUCAGCCUUCCAUUCCGACAGUGAGGACCAAGUUAGGCGAACAUACAGGUGUGAGUUCUGUACCAAAGGUUUCAAGAAAUCAAGCCAUCUGAAGCAACACGUACGUUCUCACACAGGUGAAAAGCCCUUCAAAUGCCUACAGUGCAGCAGAUGUUUUGUAUCCUCAGGAGUUUUGAAAGCACAUCAGCGAACGCACACAGGUAUCAAAGCUUACAGAUGCAAUGUUUGUGAUGCCACCUUUACUACCAAUGGGAGCCUUACAAGGCACAUGGUAAUUCAUACCAGUCUGAGACCUUUUAAGUGCCCGUUCUGCGAUGACACUUUCCGAACAUCACUUCACUGCAAGAGGCACAUGAAGAUUCAUCAAGUAACGGUAGGAGUUGGAGAUGAAGAAGAUGAAAAUCUGGAAAGGCCUGUUGUGCGAAGGUCACGGGUUGGCAUCAUCACGUUUACUGAAGAGGAGACAGCGGAACUGGCCAAAACCGAAACGCGGUUAGAUGCCACGGUCUCGGAAAAAGUAUUAGUCCAAUCGGCAGCAGAGAAGGACCGGGUCAGUGAAAUCAAGGAUAAGAACACAGAGGUGGAGGAGGAGCCGAAACAUGCAAACCAAUGCUCAUUUUGCACAAAGAGUUUCAAAAAGCCAAGUGACCUAGUUAGACAUAUACGAAUCCAUACUGGGGAGAAGCCGUUUAAGUGUGAUGAAUGUGGAAAGAGUUUUACAGUCAAGUCAACGCUGGACUGUCAUUUAAAAACCCACACAGGUCAGAAACACUUCAAAUGCCACGUAUGUAGCUCUCCCUUCUCGACAAAAGGUAGCCUAAAAGUUCACAUGCGACUGCACACUGGAGCAAAGCCUUUUAAGUGCCCGCAUUGUGAUGUGCGUUUCCGGACUUCUGGACACAGGAAGAGUCACAUACAAUCCCACUUUAAGCCCACAUCACUGCCAAAGAAAAUCCGGAAGCCUGUAACACGUCAAUCAACUGAGAGCUUGCAGCCUGUAAACCUGUUGACUACUGCAAAUGUUUACAUCACUAACAAUGGAGUUCUCACCAGCCAGUUUGAUCAGAACCUUCUCCAACAGGGAUUAGUUGGACAAGCUAUUCUUCCUGUCUCUGUGUCAGCCGGAGGUGAUUUGACAUUGUCACUUACAGAUGCCAGCUUUGCCACUCUCGAGGGAAUACAGCUACAGCUUGCUUCCGCUAACCUGGUUGGGCAGAAUGUCCAGAUCUCCGGCAUUGAUCCCAGCAAUAUAAACAACAUCACACUACAGAUUGAUUCGAGCAUUUUGCAGCAGACGUUGCAACAGGGUAAUAUGCUCACUCAACAAAUGACUACUGACCCGAACCUAGCUCAGCAAGCCGGGACUCUCCAAACAGCAGAUAAUACAGUACCCGCUAAUGUGGUGCUCCAGCCACUCACCAGCCUGCCAAUGCAACCGACAGUAACACCGUCAACUGCCAUGACGAUGGGAAGUCUGACCGAACAAGAAACUGCGCUGACGAGCAGUUCUGGCUCACAGGAUAUUUCACAGUCCAUGACAUCCCCAGGGCUUGCUUCAAGUUCCAGUGGUAAACAGGAAAUGACAUUGACCAUUAAUAAUUCUAACCUCAGCCAGGUACUAGCGCAGGCUACCAAUGCCACAUGUGCCAAUCCAACAGGACCACCGCAAGAGAUAUCACUCACAAUAUCAGGUCAAGAUAUCAUUCAGCAGCAUGACAGUACUGGUAAUGGUGAAAUGAAUGGAGGGAUCCGAUUGGAAACAUCAGUGAAUAAUCAACCUAGUACUGCCACAUUGACCAUCAGCAAUGACCAGCUCCUGAAUCAGGGAACCACUCUUAACACAACUAGUGCCAACAUACCAGGGCUGAGUUCAACUGCAAGCAGUUUGACAUCUUCCCUUGCAACAUCCCUUUCCCAAGCUACCAUCCCUACCCAGAACCUGGAGAUGUCAUCUGCUAAUGUCGGUGGCGAUGGCAGUGUUACUCUUACUCUGACUGACACACAGAGCAUGCUCUCUGGGGGCCUAGACUCAGUCACACUCAACAUAGCUGCUCAGGGGCAACAAUUUCCAGCAGUGGUCCCUGAUUCGACUCUCCCGGGUCAAACUGGAUCAGCUCAUCCUCAGGUGAUAUUGGUGAGUCAGGCACCACAGGACUCAGCUGGUACACAAGAGGAGGCUGCCUCAUAUCAGGUAACUGAGACAACGAUUAGUUUUACAGAGGACAGUCAGACAGAUGAUGAGGGCCAGAUAAAUCACUGUCCCAAUUGUAGCCAAAGCUUCUCUUCAGGCUCCAUGCUGCGUCGACAUUGCCGAGAAGCCCACGGGGAGGAAAGAAUCCACAUAUGCAACGUCUGCAGCAAAGCCUUCAAACGAGCAGCCCAUCUCAAGGACCAUCUUCAGACCCACCAACCUGGACCUUCACCUAGCAGUCAGAAGCCUAAACUGUACAAAUGUGAAUCCUGUGACAAGGCAUUUGCUAAGCCCAGCCAGCUGGAGAGGCACAAUCGGAUCCACACAGGUGAACGGCCAUUUCAGUGCAGCCUCUGUGAAAAAGCCUUCAACCAAAAAAAUGCACUACAAGUACAUAUGAAGAAACAUACUGGUGAGAGACCGUAUAAAUGUGAUUACUGCGGAAUCUCUUUCACACAAAAAGGCAAUAUGAAGAUACACAUGAAGAGGGCACAUGGCUUUCCUGGCGGUGGUCAGGACGCAGGAAGCAGCCAAGAACAAGAAGGCGAUGAUGUAAGCCGUGGCCUAGACUUGGUGGAAGUCGUUCCAGAAUCUUCUAAUGAAUGGCACUGUAGGAUAGCUAAUGUAUUCCAUUAACUUAUUUCCCUGCCCCCGCCCCCCCACACUGCUUGAGUGCAAGAAAUUGCAUGUUCAACAAACUUUUUAUAUAGGUCAAAUUAUUUCUGCUGACCUUCAAAUUAUUCUAUGUCAGGAGUUUGAAAGGUACCACACUUGAGUCAUGCAAAAAGUCAAACUGGCACCAGGUUUGUUUAUCUAUGUCAAAGUAGAAAUAAACUGCUAAAACAAGGAAUUGUCCUUGAGCUUAAAGGGCUAAAAUCAUGAAGUACUUUGUGUAUGUCUAGCCAGCAUGCAAUGCUAAAUGGUAUUCUAAAGCAAAAGCGAAUGACCUCCCAAGUUCAAGAAGAUGCAGGAUAAUGAAGUGUACUGACACAUACUUAUCUAUAUUUGAAGACCUGUUGCGGAGGAAGCCUUGGCUCGUUCCUGCUGUGCAGGGCGCAAUUACUGCUGUGGUAUCAAGAGUAGCACCGCAGACCUGAAUUAGAAUUGGCCUGGUUGCUUAGUCAGAAUGACAGACAGCGGUGGGGGUGGAGGUGGGGGGAGCUGUGCUCCAUAUCUCCCAUCACCUGACCGUUCCAUAGCUCUGCCACCGCCAGAGAAAAUCAGCUGCCAUAUUUCCAGAGAACUUUUAAUUAUGAUCUGCCUGGUAGUUACUCAGAAUGUUUUAACUCAUCUGUAGUGUUAUGACUCGCCACUGGUGUGACUGACUUUCAGAAUAUAUAAUUAUUCCGUGUAUCAAAAUAAAUAGCCGAUUGUGUAAAGGUGAAUUUUGUUGCAUUCCAAAGAUUAUUUUUAUAGUUGUUCCCCACUUUACGUAUGUAGCACAAUGUUUUGUGCAUUUGAUAAAACCUUUAGUCUCUAGACCGGGGACUUGUGCAUAGCUGUAUAUAUUGUCUACAUCCUAAGGCUAAGGUAUUUUCGGUUUGCACUGUUGCUACACGGGCACUUCUUUCCAGUAUUGUACUUUUCGCAUUGUAUUAUAUAACAAAAGUGUUAAUUUUGCCCCCCACCCUGAUAUAACCUUGUGCAUCAUUUUUUGAUUUGACUUUGGAACAUGCUGUAAAAACUCUGUGACAUUUGUAAAAUCUGGUAGCAUAUAAAUCUAACAAAAAGCAUCUUGAAUGAUGAUCAAAGGAUGAACCUUUCUUCUGUCUCCAAUGGAGCUUGUUUUUUGGUUUAACAAUUUAAGUACUUUGUAUAUAAAUUGUAUAAUUUGUGACACAAGGGUAUUUUUUUUGUAAGUAUGUGUAAUGUAUUUAAAUCAAGAUAUUUCAAAUAAUACUAUUGGUUUUUAAUAAGCAGCUUUGUGCUUUUUAAAUUAUUUCAAGUGGACAAUAACUGUUGUGUUGCAUUUUGUUUCUGGGAAAAUGCAUUGUUUCCCAGUUUGUUCCCCAUCUCUUCUGGAGAUGCUCAUUUUCGUUGGGGGAGUGUUCCAUGAAAGCUUUGGAUAAAUAAUUAUUCAUAAAUGUGUCAGUCAGUCAUAGAGGUCUACAGCACAGAAAAAGGCCCUUCGACCCAUUGAGUCUGCGCCGCUCAAACAAGUACCUAACUAUUUUAAUCCCAUUUUCCAGCACUAGGCCCAUAGCCUUGUAUGCCAUGGCAUCGCAAGUGCACAUCCAAAUACUUCUUAAGUAUUAUGCCUCUACCACUCUUUCAGGCAGAGAGUUCCAGAUGAAAAAAUUCUUCCUCUAAUCCUCCUGCCCCUAACUUUAAAUCUGUGCCCCCUGGUUAUUGAUCCCUCCACCAAGGGGAAAAGUUCCUUCCUGUCUACCCUAUCUAUGCCCCUCAUAAUUUUAUAUACAGUGAAUGUAGAGGGACAGCAUGCUGUUUGAUUGUGGAAAAUUUUCCGCCAAACUCAACAGAUAAAAAUUAAAAAUAUAAACAGAAAAUGCUGGAAACACUUGGCAGAACAGGCGAUGCCUGUGGAAUGAGGAACAGAGUUAAUGUUUCAGGUCCAUGACCUUUCUUCAGAUCUGGGAGAAGCGAUUUUAACAGUUUUUACACAAAUAGGGAGGCAGGGGAAAAGGAUGAGGGAAAGGACAAAAGUCGAAGGUCUGUGAUAGGGUGGAAAGUGAUGAAGGGAUGAUGAUUCAAGGCAAAAGGGGAUGCUUUUGGGACUAGUAAAGAAACAAAAGCUGGGUAUAGACCAGGUGUGAAUGGUAACUUUGGAAAUAUGACCAGCACCUGCUUCUGCAUAAGUAGUUAAAAUCUGAAGUUAUUGAAAUUAAUAACUAAUUAAAAUUUCAAUGAUUUUCUGUUGACUCCAGAAUGUUGUGAAGUGCCGAAUAAAAAUUGGAAACCUAA